AACCAUAAAUAAUUGUAUUUAAAUCUGACAUAGUUUGUGUAUGAAAAAGAUCGAACUAAAAUAACCGGAUUUCCUGAAACGCAACUCCAACAUUGAGGUCGCGCGCCACUGAAACUAGCUAGCUAGAUAGUCGGAUUUUCCACCACCGUGUUUGCAUAAAGUGUUUAAUUGUUUGGGCUAAAAAUGAUCGACGAGGCUGCUUCGUUUACGACUCGCCUCAAAGGAAAACGCGUCAAAUUAACGCUGAAGAACUCAACCUUUGUCGGGGUCAUACAACGAGUCAACGCGGACAAGACGCUCGUGCUAGCUGACGUUAGUACGAGCGAUGGAUGCAAAAUUCCUGGAUCCAAAUUAUUCUUUGGUCGUAAUGUUCUUAAUGUUGAAUUCCUCAGUCAAGAAGGCAGCCAGGUUGGCAAUUCCAACCAAGACCAACCCGGUGACAAGUUAGACAUUAAGGUGUUUCAGCCUUACAGAAACCCAAUCAAUUUCCAUGAUGAUGAUGAAGAGGAAGUGGGCAGCAUUAGCUUUGCUGUCAUUGACGAGUUUCAUGGGAAGUUUGGACCUGCUGUGUCUCACAUCAAAAGGCAGAGUGUGAUUGGUGUGGGUGCUGAAGGAGUUGACAAUUCAAGGAAUGAAAGGUUGUGUUGGCUGCAGAUUGCCACCACAAACAAAGUAUAUCUGUUUGACAUCCUGUUGCUGGGAACACAGGCUUUUAGGAAUGGCCUGUCUUUUAUUCUGGAAAGUAAGCACAUCCUAAAGGUCAUUCAUGAUUGCAGAGCCAUAGCUGGAUGUUUGAUGGCUCAGUUUGGCGUAAAGCUAAUGAAUGUUUUUGAUACUCAGGUGGCAGAUGUCAUGUGCUUCCACUCAGAGACGGGAGGCUUCCUUCCUGACAGAAUUAGCUCUCUGCAGGAGGUGGUAAGUCUGCAUUUGAAGGUGCCGUCCUCCAGACUCUCGUCUCUCCAGGUGAAGUCCCAGUUUACAAAGACGGACAUGAAGGUCUGGUACGAUCGGCCCUGUCCCGUGUCCCUCCUUAAGGUGAUGGUGGUGUCGGUGAUCCACCUGCAGCCGCUCAGGCUGAUGCUGCUGGAUACAUUUAUGAGCGAUUACAUGACUCUGGUGGAUUCCUACCUGAACAGCAGCUACUAUGAAAUCGGCAGACCAGAGCAAGAAGGGGUGCAGGAAUUACCCCCAGAAAUCAAACAGUGGGAUGAAAUGCGUCUAAAGCGCCGGGAGUGGGCAACAGGGCGCUACCCCGUCACCGAGCAGGGCUUGCUGGUUCGCUUCAGCCCGCUGCCUCAGCCGUCGUCGCCCGUGACCUCGCCUUCCUCACAGGAACGCAGGACGCAGACGGGACGCCCUUUGAGCGUUCCUUCUGCGGACACGUCUAUAAAUCCAUCAGCGCAGCCGGCAAGUGCAGGAUCACGCCUCACGCAAGAAACGUCUGGCGAUUGUUCUCCGCCUGCAGGUGUCAAAGGAUGCAGACAGGAUCAGCUGAUUACGAAAGGAAGAGGAAGGCCAUUUCCAAAAGAGUCAUCUGUCCCAGUUCUACCCUCCAUAGGAAGAGGGUUUCUCCUCGACGUGCUUCAGACUCCGAGAGGGAGCACCAAAGAUGGCAAAGCCCCACAUCAGCCUGGUUCGACUCCCACGGGGAUAAAGAAAAAUUCCCAAGCCUGACUGUUUGGAUAAUUAGCUGUUAAGUGAUGUUUCUGGUCUGAGAUGUUUUUCACAAACUCCUCAGUCCUUGUUCCAAGUUGUCAUAGUUUCAAACAAACGUUAUAAGGCCAAAAGGACAUUCUUUUUGAAACUGUGUUGUAAUAUCAAAGUGACCACUAGAUGGCAGUAAGUAUUCUCUUUCAUUUUAAAAAGUUUCAAAGCUAAAAUUCAAAAGGAAAAAUACAAAUGGAAAGAUGUUUUCCAUUAAAAUAUAAUUUUUUAUUUAUUUUUGUUAUAUAGUGUGUUACUUGAUUUAAACAAGUAUUUUUGUUUGGAAUGUACUACAAAGUCAGUUUUAUUUUGAAAAUGGUGAACUGUGGUAUUCAACUUUUACCUUUUUAAAUUAA